UUAUGGACUAACGUGGUCAAGGAUACAACUUAUCAAGGAAAAUAAGACAUGAGACAGCCAAUUGAACCAAGCAAAGAAGAUUGCUGUAAUAGUGGAUGUAAUCCGUGCGUAUUUGACGUCUACGAAAAACAGCUAAAAUUGUACGAAGCCUUUGUAAAGAAUGGGGAAUUGUCAGAAGUGGUAGAAGAAAAUGCUAUAUCACAAUUAGAAUAUACUAAGUUUACACUUGUACAUAAUUUAGAACUGUGUUCAUUUCAUAUGAUCCUUGCAUUCAAAAGGACUGAAUCUGUAACUGGGAAAAAACUAUUUUGGAAAGCUGGUGAUCAUUUCUUAGUGAAAUAUAGUGCUGGAGGUGAAGUGUGUAGUAGAGCAUAUACUCCUAUCAAAUAUAGUAUUGAGAAUAAUGACUAUGACUUUGUGGUAAUUGUAAAGAAAUAUGAGAAUGGACAAGUAUCAAGUUAUUUAUGUAAUAUGACACCAGGGCAAGAAACUUUGUGGAGAGGGCCCUAUGGAUCUUUUGAAUUGGUACCUAAUAAGUAUGAAAGAAUAAUUAUGAUUGCCCAAGGGACUGGCAUAGCUCCAUUCUUUUCUAUUAUACAAGAUGUUUUAACCAAUGAAGAUGAUUACACUAAAAUAGUGUUAUACUUCUGUUGUUCAUCACCAGAUACAAUUAUUUUAAGAAAUGAAUUAUACUCGUUUAAAUCUUAUUGGAAUUUUCAAUAUAAUGUAUUUAUAAAUAAUUCAAAUUGUAUGCCAAAGUAUCAGGAACCUAUGCAUAAUAGGAAACUGGAGUUUAUAGAUUUAAAAUCUUUAGAACCAUUCUCCAGUAACGAUCAAUUUCUGCUUUGUGGAUCAUCUUCAUUUAUGAAUGGUUUUAAAAUCCUUUUAAUUGAAGCAAAUGUUUCUUCUGAUAAUAUCAAGACAUUUUAAUAAAUUGAUAUAAAA